AUGUUAAAGGAUAAAAAUAUUGUUAUGACGAUAGUUCACAAAAUUGAAAUAAUAGAAGAAGCUCUUUUGGUUAAUGAGUACAAUUUAAUUUGGAAUAAAAAAAUAGUUAUGGGAGGAUUUAGAAAAUGGAGCAAGAAAGUUACAGAUGCAAUAUGGAAAAACGAAAUUCUCAAUAGCGAAAAAUUAGACGAUCUGUUUAUGUACAAUUUUAGAAAAGAAUUUGACUGGCAAACAACUUUGGAAUUUGUCAGCAAUCGUAUAAAUUUUACACAAAGACAAUGUAGUCAAAAAGACACGAGAGACAGAUCAUAUCGCAUAAAAAAUUUAUUAAAGGAAUUACCGACCUAUGAUACUCUACUUAAAAGAAACACGAAUAAAAUAGAAAAUGAUAUAUGCAAAAGAUAUAUGAAUGACAAGGUAGAAGAUUGGGAACAUAUUUGGAUAUGCGAAGUAAAUAAAUCUACAAUAGACGAAAUAGCACAAGAAUCAAUAUAUAAUUUCGAAAAGCAAUUAGAAGACAAAAAUCUUCAAGACGAGAUAAAAAUUUUAAGAAAUUAUAAUUUUGAUUUUAUGAGAAUUCUGGAACAGACUUCAAUUGUGCUAAGAGGAAAAAGCCGAAUAUGGGAAAUUCUAAGAGGAGUAUAUAAUAAUAACUUUUCUUCUCUUUUGUUCGAUAAUUUAUUAAAGUUCGUAAUCAAAAAUUUAUGGAAUUUCGUUUACGAAGAAUUUAGACAAAGAAUUUGGAUACCUAGAUGUGAUGAAAUCAAGGAAUUGAACGUAAAGAAGGUAUACAAAAAAUGGAUUUAUGAAAAAGAAAAGACAGAGAUGAAUUAG